AUGCGACGUUUAGAGGCUGUGCCGGAUACGAUGAUGCCACUUGAUCUCCAGAAUGCGCUUAAGGCAUCGCAUGUAAAAGGUGAUGAUGCGGCGUUCAUGUCGAUUGAAAGUCGCCAAGGUUUCGCUACCAUACAGCAGCGUGGAUCGUUUGUUGCCAUCUCAGUUGUAUGUCUGCUGAUGGCGGCAGUCAUCAUCUCCCUCAACGGUCUUGUCAUCUUUAUCUUAGCCCGACAGAAAGGCAACAACAGGCUUCACUUUUUCAUAUUCCAUCUUGCCAUUGCUGAUCUUUGUGUCGGCUUAGUAAGCGUUCUUGGUGAAGGGGUGUUCUACGGUAUUCUGAGAGGAGAGUGGUUCUUGGGUGACGUCAUGUGUCGCACCUGGCGCUAUUCUACGUUUGUGGUCCUAAUUGUGUCAAACAAUCUUCUGAUUGGAAUGAGCGUUGACCGCUAUCUGGCUCUUUAUGUUUGGUUCACACUGCUGCUCGUGUUCUUCAUUCCAUUCCUCGCUGUCUCCGUCUGCUACAUUUGCAUCACGGUUGUCGUCUGGAAGCACUGGAGGGAAAGCAGAAAUCUCACUGAAAUGAACUAUAUACUAGAAGGAUCUCGAGGUGACUGUAGCGAUGCCACUAGAUUUGAGGUCCCUAUUGCAGACAACCUUGUACCGUAUGGCUGGGCGACCCACGAGUCGCUUUCCAGUUGCAAGCUGUCCGUAAAUGACGUCCUUUGCACGUUCCAGGAUGUCGCUGUACCGGAUAAGAAGCUGCCACUUGAUCUCCAGAAUGCGUUUAAGGCAUCGCUUGUGAAAGGUGAUGAUGCGGCGUUCAUUUUGCAUGAGAGUCGUCCAGGUUUAUCUUCCAGUCAGCACAGUGCACUUUAUGUUGGGUUCACACUCCUGCUCGUGUUCUUCAUUCCAUUCCUCGCUGUCUCUGUCUGCUACAAAGGCAUCACGGUUGUCGUCUGGAAGCACUGGAGGGAAAGCAAAAAUCUCACUGAAAUGAAUUUUAUACUGGAAGCGUUCCUUAUCUGCUGGUUGCCGGCAACAGUGUUUCACAUUCUCGACGUAUACCAAAUCAACGUGCUCGAUGUCCGUUACUAUAUCGAGCUGCAGCGCUUAUAUCCCCUCAACAGCGCGUGCAAUCCACUAAUAUUCCUGUUCUUCAGCAGGGAUAUUUUACCAUGCGGGUCACCCAAGACCUCGGACACGACGAGAGGUUAUGAAAGUGUUGACACCACAAACACCACUACAUGA